ACCCCCUCUACAGGAACCACUCAAAUUCCUGUCACUUCUCUGACUCCCUUCGUCGUGGACAUGGCUCUGCCGCCCUUUUUCGCCCCAGGUCGCCCAGGCCCGCCGCCCCCGCAGCCGCCGCCUCCCGCUCCCUUCGGCUGUCCGCCACCGCCGCUGCCCUCCCCGGCUUUCCCGCCGCCUCUUCCCCAGCGGCCCGGCCCCUUUCCGGGGGCCUCCGCCCCCUUCCUCCAGCCCCCGCUGGCUCUGCAGCCCCGGGCCCCCGGGGAAGCCUCUCGCGGCGGUGGCGGCGGCGGCGUCUACUACCCGGUGCCGCCACCGCCGCUGCCUCCGCCGCCGCCCCAGUGCCGGCCCUUCCCGGGGACUGACGCUGGUGAGCGGCCACGGCCGCCGCCGCCAGGCCCGGGGCCGCCGUGGAGCCCCCGUUGGCCUGAGGCGCCGCCGCCGUCCGACGUACUCGGGGACGCGGCCUUGCAGCGCCUGCGCGACCGGCAGUGGCUAGAGGCGGUGUUCGGAACCCGGCGGCGGGCGGGCUGCCCACUCCCUCCACGCGCGCCCGCCGGGCCCAGCCUGGGCGAAGUGCGCGCGCGGUUGCGCGGGGCUCUGCGCCUGGUGCGACGGCUGCGCGACCUGGGCCAGGCCCUGCGCGAGGCCGAGGCUGACGGCGCGGCCUGGGUACUGUUGCAUGCCCAGGCUGCGCCGUUGCGCGCCGAACUGGCCGAGAGACUACAGCUGCUGACCCAGGCCGCCUAUGUGGGUGAGGCGCGGCGGAGGCUGGAGAGGGUCCGGCGCCGCCGGCUUCGGCUUCGCGAGAGGGCUCGGGAACGCGAGGCCGAGCGGGAGGCGGAGGCCGCGCGAGCAGCGGAGCGCGAGCAGGAGAUUGACCUCUGGAGGGUCAAGUGCGUGCAGGAGGUGGAGGAGAAGAAGCGGGAGCAGGAACUUAAAGCUGCUGCUGAUGGUGUCUUAUCUGAAGUGAGGAAAAAACAAGCAGACACCAAAAGAAUGGUGGACAUUCUUCGGGCCUUGGAGAAAUUGAGGAAACUCAGGAAAGAGGCAGCAGCAAGGAAGGGGGUCUGUCCUCCAGCCUCAGCAGAUGAGACUUUUGAGCAUCAUCUUCAGCGACUAAGAAAACUCAUUAAAAAACGCUCUGAAUUAUACGAAGCUGAAGAGAGAGCCCUCAGAGUUAUGUUGGAAGGAGAACAAGAAGAAGAGAGGAAAAGAGAAUUUGAAAAGAAACAGAGGAAAGAAAAAGAGAAAAUUUUACUUCAGAAGCGUGAAAUUGAGUCCAAGUUAUUUGGGGAUCCGCAUGAGUUCCCACUUGCACACCUCCUGCAACCCUUCCGACAGUAUUACCUCCAAGCUGAGCACUCCCUGCCAGCACUCAUCCAGAUAAGGCAUGAUUGGGAUCAGUACCUGGUGCCAUCUGAUCAUCCCAAAGGCAACUCCGUUCCCCAAGGAUGGGUCCUUCCCCCGCUCCCCAGCAACGACAUCUGGGCAACAGCCAUUAAGCUGCAUUAGUAAAGAUGCUCCAGAAGUGUGGUCCGGCCAAGGCUCUUUCCAGCUCUAAAUACUAGUGAUGCCACCAUCUUCUCGUGCUAUAGACUAAACCACAACCUCUAAACUCCAUGUGGCAUUGUUCCACCCAGAAGUUACGUUUUCCUUGAGUGCUCUGUCCUGGCCAGAGAUGCCUCUUGAAUCAGGAGAUUAAUAUGUUUCUUCAGGAAAGGACCUAGGUGAACUGGGGUUAUUACCACAGAAAGUGACCUUGGUUCACCGAAUUUGCCUCUGUUUUGAAGGGGCUUGGUUCAGAGUGACUUGUUAAUUUACUCUUUAACUUCUUGUGUGAUGAUGGGUAAGUACACUGCAUACACUCAACACAAAUGUGCAUUGGGUAGACUUAGCCCUUCCCCCAGUACUGAGUGUGAAGGCAAGCUUUGAUAUAAAACCUCUUUACCCUCCUUACCCAAAGAACCCUCUCACUUCUAGGAGGAAAGGUCAGAAAUGCUUUAUCUAUGGUUUUAUGAAUCCCACUUUUGGUGCAGCUUGAGAGGCUACAGACUGGGCUGCCAGAAAAGCUCAUGGCCUAGUCUCGUAGUCAUGUGGAGAACUUGGAAAACCUGUAUCCAUAUUGGAUCGUGUUUUAAUGGAUAAUGGCUGCAUCUUCCCAUGUUAGAAGGAUCCUAACAAAAACACGUGUUAUUUAAGUUCCUGAAGAUCUAGUUGUUCAGAAUCCCCAAUGAUAGAAAUUUAUCUUAACCUCCCUCAGUCACAUUGUAGGGGCCGGUAUAGCUGUGGAAUUUUCUUAGGAACUCAAACUUUCAAAAACACCCAUGUAGUUAAAGCUGGGAGGAAAGCAGAUAAAAAUAAUAAAAUUUAUUUUUUUAUAUUCAUUAAUAAAUGCUAUUGUGCCUGGGAAUGAUCAAUCAUAACAUGUCAGGGUUUUUGUUUUGUUUUGUUUUGCUCUUUGUCAUUUAUUGUGUUAUUUAUUUCUGAAAAGCUAAAUAAAUAUCAUUUUUAUUUUUUAGUUUGA